UGGGGCGACGGAGAACCAGGAAACGUAUCGCGGCUGCACGUCUCCAGAAGAUUUCCACAAUGGCCUAUCAGGCUGGAAUCCCAGAAGAGCCGAGUGUUCUGGCUCAAAACAUCGGCUCCAACAUCCACAAGAUUACACUACUGACGUCAGAGCUGCAGAGAGGAGUGUCUCAUCUGGGAACGGAGCAGGACAGCAGCCAGCUACGACAGACACUGCAACAGAAACAGCAGCAGGGUAACCAGCUGGCCAAGGAGACAGACCGAUUGAUCAAGGCGUUCAGCUCAUUGCCCGUUGGUCCUGAUCAGCGGCAGAGAAAGCUACAGAAAGAGCGUCUGGUGAAUGAUUUCUCCAGUGCCCUUAACAGCUUCCAGAAGACUCAGCGUCAAGUGGCUGACAGAGAAAGAGAGUUUGUUGCCAGAGUCAGAGCCAGCUCCAGAGUAUCGACAGGCCAGCCUGAAGACAGCCAUGGACAAGGGUUGCCUCUACAAAGUGAAUCCCAAAUGCAGGCACAGACUGAGGCCAUCACUGAAGAGGACCUGAUGCUGAUCCAGGAGAGAGAGUCUGCCAUCAGGCAACUAGAGUCCGACAUCACAGACAUCAAUGACAUCUUCAAGGACCUAGGAAUGAUGGUCCAUGAGCAGGGGGACAUGAUAGACAGUAUAGAAGCCAACGUGGAGCAUGCUGACGUUAAUGUGCAGAAUGCCACUCAGCAGCUGGCACGCGCAGCGGACUACCAGCGGAGCUCCCGUAAGAAGAUGUGCAUCCUGAUGAUUGUGUUGGCUGUACUCGGCGUCGUCGUAGGACUCAUCAUCUGGGGGUCCAUCAAAGCAUGAGGAUCUCUUUCUAUACUUGUCUUCUGCUGACUCGUCUCCAUCUGGAGAGCUGUUAUACAUCAAAUGACUCAGUUGCAUCAAAUGGGAAGGACAUGCACAGAUCACUUUUUAUCUGUCUUUCUUUUCUUUUUUUUGUCCGUCUGUCAGCUCAGUUUUUUGUUUUUUUAACUGUCAUUUUAAAAACACUCCUCACUUGAAAUAAUCUGAACCCGCAGUACACAUUUAACUUUUUCAUUCUUCUUCGUUUUUCCAGCAUAUAAUCAAAAUGUAAAGAUCUGCAUUCUUUUACUUUCCAUGAAAUUAUCGAGUGCUUGUAGCUCAUCUCUUGUUUUCGCAAAUGAUUUUAAGUAGUUUUUUCACAUGUACUUAAAAUGACAUUCAGAUGUGGCGUGAUGCAAAGUGACAGGAGAGCAUGUAAAUACUUCACUUGAGCAGGAUCUUGUCUUACCCGUGGCAGUUUUCAGCCAUGUUGGCUACACAGACCUCCCCUGUGGUUGCUGCUCAGUAUCUGGUGUUUCUUUGCUUGCUGGCCAGAAUGUCCAGAGUCUCGCCAUGAUGAUGUUAUUUGUUGUGGGGGGACAUUGGUACAUAAUUUACUGCCAACAUCAGCUAGCUCUUUCAAAGCAUAAGACGAGCAAGUAGCCAGGCCAGGUCAGGCUAGGCUAGGCCAGGUCAGGCUAGGCUAGGCUAGGCUAGGGUUGAAUAACUGUAAUAUGUAUAAUGUAAUUCAAACUGCAAUGUGUGUCAUAGGUGGAGCAUCCACUCAUAUUUGAUCUCUUACUGCAUCUGAUAUGGCAACUAUUGUGCCACAUUUUUAGUUAGUGUGAAGAAAAUUCACUGCCUGAGAUUAUUUGGAUUUUCUGCCAGUGGAUCUUCCUUUGUAAUACGAAUGAUAAUAUACAGAUAGUGAGUCCAAAUCAAAUGUUAGGACUAUAUGUCACACUCAAUAGUUGUAUUUGCCAAACAUUCCACUUAUUCGGAUGGAAUUUGUGGUUGGACUUUAGGGGUAGUUUGCCCUUUUGUUUGCACAAAUUGUUCGGCUUUUUAACUAUAAAAUGGAUUGAUUGCAUUUAAACCUGUUCAAUGAAGCGAGUUACCAGCUAAUUUCUGCUGAGUAUGAAAAUAACUGCUGACCAGGAUCAAAUGGUAUUUGUCAUUUUAAUGGUUUGUUUUGGCCUCCUUUGGUGGGGGAUGAGUUUCAGGUGCCACAUCGAACGAUACAAUAAUAGGUAGGACGUUUUAAGUGUCACAAAACCAAUUUAUCCUAUUUUUCUGUGAUAACACUAUCUGAAUCCUUCUGGUGUUGUGUGUCAACUGUCAACCCAACUGGUGGCCCAAACAGGUGUGACAGAAUGACCUGUAUUUUUAAGAUGGUUAUUUUAAGCUGCCUAUCUGAAUAAAGUGAAGGAAU